AUGUACCCACUAUCCAUCUUCAUCCUCUGGCUGCCAGCUCUUCGGGCUGCCUUUGGAACACCCAUUUUAAGACUUCCCACAUCCAGCGGAAAUAUCACAGCAUACAGUAACAAUGCCCAUAUUGAGUCCCAUCUAUCGAAAAGAUCUUUAGAUUCCAAUAAAAUUGUUGAGUGUCCCGAGGGUUUUACGCCAAGGGGGGGGAGUAGAAUAGUUACGUGUGUUGCUGUUCAUCUCAAAUCGGAGAGGUAA